AUGUCGUUACAGGCCGACCUUCCCGGUCCAAAGUCAAAAUCCACCAAGAUAUUGGGAGCUUUGAAAAAGUAUGCAUCGUUUAUCGGUCCGGGUGUCAUGGUUUCGGUCGCCUACAUGGACCCAGGUAACUACUCCACAGCUGUAUCGUCUGGUGCUGACUAUGAAUACAAGUUGCUUAUUGUGAUUUUUAUGAGUAAUGUGUUUGCAGUGAUCUUGCAGUGUCUAUGUGUUAAGCUAGGUACCGUCACAGGGCUUGACUUGGCGGAAAUGUGUCGUUUGACGCUUCCAUGGUGGCUCAAUCUCUUCAUGUACGUUUGUGCUGAAUUGGCCAUCAUAGCCACGGACUUGGCUGAAGUGGUGGGCACAGCCAUUGCUUUAGAGAUUCUCUUUAAUAUCCCCCUUAUAAUUGGCGUGUUCAUCACCGUGUUGGACGUGCUUAUAGUGUUGAUGGCAUACCACAAGGACGGAACUAUGAGGCAAACCCGUACGUUCGAGAUCAUGGUCAGCUUUCUCGUGGGUGCAACGUGUGUGUGUUUUGUGGUGGAACUCUUCAAGUGUGACUUUGCCCCUGGUUCAUUGGGCCGUAUUGCUGAAGGGUUCCUUCCUGUCAAUUUGGAUAUCUUCAAAGAAUCGAAUGCACUUUUCUUGAGUUGUGGCAUUGUGGGUAGCACCGUCAUGCCUCACUCCUUAUACCUUGGCUCGUCGCUUGUCCAGUCUCGUUUGAAGGACUACGACGUCAAGAACGGCCACAUUGAGGGAACCGUCAAUUCCGACGGUGAGUAUGAGACCCUGUCUUCACUGGCCACCGUAACGUCGUCGGACCCAUUGCCUUUGACUCAUAGCAAGUUCCUCCUGAUGUCAGACGGAACGAGCUUGGCAAGAAAGUACCGUCCAUCUUACGGAGCCAUCAAGUACUGCUUGACUUACUCUUACACCGAGUUGGUUCUCUCUCUUUUCAUCAUUGCUGUGUUCGUCAAUGCUGCUAUUCUCAUUGUUGCGGGCUCAACACUUUACGGCAAGCCUGAUGCUGAUGACGCAGACUUAUUGUCUAUCUAUGAGAUGUUGUCGCAUUACAUUUCACCUGCUGCUGGUUUAAUUUUUGCCUUGUCAAUGCUCUUCUCGGGCCAGAGUGCCGGCAUUGUCUGUACUAUGGCAGGCCAGAUCAUCUCCGAAGGCUUCAUUAACUGGACAUUCAAGCCUUGGGUACGUCGUAUUGUAACUAGAGUUUUGGCUAUAGUGCCUGUGGUGAUUGUCAUUUCUGCCUUGGGUCGUGAAGGUGUGUCGACCAUCAUGAACUUAUCACAGGUUGUAUUAAGUUUUAUUCUUCCGGUAGUGAGUGCCCCAUUGAUUUGGUACACUUCUUCACGGAAGUAUAUGACUGUUUAUGACUUCUCGCAGGUUGAAUCCACUGCUACAGACGAAACGUCGGCACUUUUGGAACACAAUGCCACUCGGGGCUACAGACCUGAGGAGGAGUCCCAAGGCGUGUUCUCGAAGGUAACGUUUGAAAAUGGUUUCUGGCUUAACGUGGCUGCAACUGGUACCUGGUUGAUCAUCACCUUCCUCAACAUCUACUUGGUUUACCUCUUUAGUAUUGGCAUUGAUGUAUAG